AUGGCAGCUUCAGGCAUGAGGGACCUUUGUACGCUCGGCUACCAUACUAUAUAUAAUGGUAUGCUUGCGGUUUUGCAGAGAGAUGGCAUCCUGAGACAUCCUCAUUUUAUCUACCCCGGUGAGAUUACCAUCACCCUAGAUGAUGUGGCACGCCUACUUCAUCUACCUAUCAGGGGUACCCUCUUUCAUCACGGUAGGAUGACGAAGGCGGAAGCUCAGGAGAUGCUGAUUACUGAGCUGGGGGCUGAUACCGAUGACGCCCUUGAGGAGGUGGAGUGGACACGAGGGGCCCACGUCCUAUUUAGCUUCCUGCAGAGACAGUAUGAUGCGGAGCUCACUGCGGCACACCAGGCUGAGGGAGACGAGUUGGAGCAGGCUACACACAUAGAGCGGGCGCUGAGAUGCUACUUCCUAUAUUUUAUAGGCACUCAACUCUUUGUGGACACGAGCUCGACGUACACAUACGUCGUUUACCUGACGUACUUAUCGGAUACAGCAUGUAUCCAUGAGUACAAUUGGGGAGCGGCUGUACUGACGUACAAUUACCACAGACUUGAAGAGGAAUGCCUCUGA